AAUGUAUUUAAAGAACGUUGUUUGUAAAAUGAAUCCCAAGAGCUAGGACAGACUUUCCUAAGGUGAGAGGUGUUACUUACCCAGAGCUGUGAAGGGCUUUAUGGAUGGAAACUAGACACUGAAUUUUCCAAAAUUUUAAGAAGUCCCCCCAACUGAUGGCCCCCUACUUUCUUUUUUAAACCAAAGGUAAGAGCUAGUGGUUAAACGACAGUUCUAAGCUUGUCCUUUUGGGUUAUGGCGGCUUCUGCUAUGAAAAGAUUUGGGAGUGAUUCAGUCACUUUGGGAAGAUUGGGGCCAGAGAGAGAAAUGGCUUUGGUGCUUUCUGGUCUAGUGAUAAGGAUAUGCCGGGCCAGAGCAGGUAGGUGCCCCGAGGCUCUCCCAGGCGGGGAAGAGGGUGGGUUCUGCUGCUGCCGACUCAGGUGUAUCCUGCAAUCUGGGUUAGGUGGGCCCAGGGCAGCCGCUUAUCACAUCCCGGCUGCAAAGCCUGACUGCUGGGUACGUUUAUAGGGCUGCAGAUAGGGCUUGGCCAAUGGAUUACCUCAAACCAAGAAGAGGAAGUUAUAAACAUGUGACUGGACUAUUAAUUUUUCCUGGCUGGGCAUUUGGUGGACUUAGUUUGUUAAUGUUUAAAGAAUCCUCAUGGAUCAUAAUUGUAAUAGAAUCUCAGGCGUUUGAUGUUACUUAGAAUCUCGGGGGGAGACCAUGAAGGACACUCAGAUGGGGCUGCACAUGUGCAGAGAUCUUGUAAGGUGACCAAAACUUUCCUCUGUACCGUGCGUGAACUAAGCUGCUGGAUGUGUGACCGGAAUGGCGGUCGGCGGCUCCGACAGUGGCUGAUCGAGCAGAUCGACAGUAGCAUGUAUCCAGGACUGAUCUGGGAGAAUGACGAGAAGGGCAUGUUCCGGAUCCCUUGGAAGCACGCUGGCAAGCAAGAUUACAAUCAGGAAGUGGAUGCCUCCAUCUUUAAGGCCUGGGCAGUUUUUAAAGGGAAGUUUAAAGAAGGAGACAAAGCUGAACCAGCCACUUGGAAGACGAGGUUACGCUGUGCUCUGAAUAAGAGCCCAGAUUUUGAGGAAGUGACGGACCGGUCCCAGCUGGACAUUUCCGAGCCUUACAAAGUUUACCGAAUUGUCCCUGAGGAAGAGCAAAAAUGCAAACUAGGCGUGGCAGCUGCUGGCUGCGUGAAUGAAGUCACAGAGAUGGAGUGCGGUCGCUCUGACAUCGAAGAGCUGAUCAAGGAGCCUUCUGUGGACGAUUACAUGGGGAUGAUCAAAAGGAGCCCUUCCCCGCCAGAGGCCUGUCGGAGCCAGCUCCUUCCAGACUGGUGGGCGCAGCAGCCCAGCACAGGCGUGCCGCUGGUGAUGGGGUACAGUGCCUACGACGCGCACCAUUCAGGGUUCUCCCAAAUGGUGAUCAGCUUCUACUACGGGGGCAAGCUGGUGGGCCAGGCCACCACCACCUGCCCCAAGGGCUGCCUCCUGUCCCUGAGCCAGCCGGGGCUGCCCAGUGCCAAGCUGUGUGGGCCUGAGGGCCUGGAGCUGGUGUGCUUCCCGCCGGCCGACGCCAUCCCCAGCGAGCGACAGAGGCAGGUGACACGGAAGCUGUUCGGGCACCUGGAGCGCGGGGUGGUGCUGUACGGCAGCCGGCACGGUGUGUUCGUCAAGCGGCAGUGCCAGGGCCGCGUGUUCUGCAGCGGCAAUGCCGUGGUGUGCAAGGGCAGACCCAACAAGCUGGAGCGCGACGAGAUGGUCCAGGUCUUCGACACCAGCCAGUUCUUCCGAGAGCUGCAGCAGUUCUAUAACAGCCAGGGCCGGCUUCCCGACAGCAGGGUGGUGCUGUGCUUUGGGGAAGAGUUUCCGGAUAUGGCCCCCUUGCGCUCCAAACUCAUUCUUGUGCAGAUCGAGCAGCUCUACAUCCGGCACCUGGCAGAAGAGGCCGGGAAGAGCUGCGGCGCUGGCUCCGUGAUUCAGGCCCCCGAGGAGUCCCUGCCCGACCAGGUCUUCCGCAUGUUUCCAGAUAUCUGUGCCUCACACCAGAGACCGUUUUUCAGAGAAAACCAGCAGAUCACCGUCUAAGGGCAUCGCUUGGGCGCCGCGCCCCGCCUGCGUCCGGCAUCCGUCUCCCUGUUCCCGCGGCCCUCAUCAUCAUCAUUCAGGCUGUGGAUCCCUCUGGCGGGGUGGGGUGCCUUACUUUGCACUUAAUUCAGUACGGGCAUUCUUGGAGGAGCUGACGUUGGACGGUGUGGCGGCGCGGCCCUGCCGAUCAGAUGUCAAUGGUGAUAUCCGACUGAACGGCCCCGAUGCUGUAACCACAACCUGUGGCUAAACAUGGCAUUUUCUACAUUCCCCUUCAUUAUCAUUAGUUGCUAUGAUUCUUUCUGCAUUUUCGGUUAACUCUCACUUCCAAAGACUUGUCAUUCAGUAAUAUCAGCAGGAAGCUGCUCCGAGUCGAGGAAUCUGGAGUUUAAAAUCAACCUCUGAAAGCAAGGUUGUUUUUGUCUUUAUCUUUUGUUAGAGUUAUAGAUUUAUGAUUUCGUAGGCUUGAUUGUAUGUGAAAUAUAUUUUUACUUUUAAGCAUUUUAAUAAGAUUUAAAAAUAUUUAGAUACAAGCCCCUCCCCCCCUUUAAAGAGUGCAAGAAAAACUCUUGGGUUGUUAGAAGAAAGGAUAUUCUUUCUAGAAUUCAGAGCAGGAGCGUAGUCAAAAACACACUGUUCGCCUGGAUAUAUCUUCAGACAAUGAAACCUUCUCCUCUGGGGCUUUGCUGCCAGGAAGCUCAGAACUAAAUUUAUAUAUUUUUUUCAUUUUUGUCAUUAAAUCAUUCCAGAUACCUCUUUUCUUCUUUCCAAAUGGGUUUCACAUAUGUUUAAAAUAUUUGUACUAGAUGGCUCACGCCUGUAAUCCCAGCACUUUGAGAGGCCGAGGCAGGUGGAUCACGAGGUCAAGAGAUAGAGACCAGUCUGGCCAACAUGGUGAAACCCCGUCUCUACUAAAAAUACAAAAAUAUUAGCUGGGCAUGGUGGUGCGUGCCUGUAAUCCCAGCUACUCGGGAGGCUGAGGCAGGAGAAUUGCUUGAACCCGGGAGGCGGAGAUUGCAGUGAGCUGAGGUCGCGCCAUUGCACUCCAGCCUGGUGCCUGGUGCCUGGUGACAGAGUGAGACUCUGUCUCAAAAAUAUAUAUAUAUUUGUACUAGAAACAUUUUACUUUCCAUGUCCCUCUUUCCCCUUUAGCCCAGCCUGAGUCAGCACCACCCCACAUUCAGAACUGCCCAGGGAGAGGGCAGGCAGGGGCCUCACCUGUCAGCCUUCAUUCUGAGAAGAUGGAAGGUGGUGUGGCUUGGGGACGGCUCAUCCCACCUCCCAAGUCUUAUGGUGGAUUUGUGAUCAUGGGAGGUUCUGGUUUAAAAUCUGAAAAGCCAGAGAAUGCCCAUUUCCUUUCUCCAGCGCCAUACCUGUGAAGGUGACAGUCAGACCCAGAGGUCCUUUAGAUGUGGAUGAGUUCACACGUGAACACAGGACAAGACCAGGGAACGUGGCUCUUCCCUUUUGUCCAACGAAGUGAGCAUUAUCUUUUUAAGAGUGACAGACCUGUUUGCUGAAGUGUUCGUAAGGUAACCAUAGGCUUGGCUCUCCAAUUUAAAUGAGUGUUAAGACACAUAUCUUUAAUAUGCUGAGUGAAUAUUUAUUUUUGUAUCCAUUAAAACGGUAUACUGAUCUCAAUUCUUUAUUAAAAUAAAAUGCUCUUUUUAUAAA